CUCUUUAUUCCUUCCAUAUACAGCUAUACUUCGCUACAUUCAACUUCACUCUUCUAAUACCAAAUCAGUAAAUCCUUAACGUACGCACCAUGUGCACGUUAGAGAAACGCGGCGAUCUCUUCUUGCUAACCUUAACCGGCGAUGACGAGCAUGGAUUCCACCCCGACAUGAUCUCCUCCGUUCUCUCGCUUCUCGAGCAAGCCAAAUCUCAGUCCACACGUGGCUCCGUCCUUGUAACCACAGCUCACGGGAAGUUCUUCUCCAACGGCUUCGAUCUUGCAUGGGCUCAAUCAGCUGGAUCUCAAACCGGAACCAUAGACCGGAUGCACCAAAUGGUCAAAUCAUUCAAACCGGUGAUAGCCGCGCUUUUCGAUCUUCCGAUGCCUACGAUAGCCGCCUUGAACGGCCACGCGGCCGCGUCCGGGCUGAUGUUUGCCUUGAGCCACGAUUACGUUUUCAUGAGGAAAGACCGUGGCGUUUUGUACAUGAGCGAGGUGGAUAUUGGCCUGCCGUUGCCUGACUACUUCUCGGCGAUGUUCGUGGCUAAGAUCGGGACGAGUAUUGCUAGGAGGGAGAUGUUGCUGAGCGGGAAGAAGAUUAAAGGAGAGGAAGCGGUGGCUUUGGGGAUCGUUGACUCGGCGGCGCAUGAUAGUGCGGAAGGUGUAGUGGAGGCUACGGUGAGUCUUGCGGAGAGUUUGGCGGCGAAGAAAUGGAACGGUGAGGUUUAUGCAUCCAUUAGGAAGAGUUUGUAUCCGGAGGUUUGUCGGAUGUUGAGUUUAACGGACAAGAUCUCUGCAACUCCUUAAUCUCUAGUUGUCUCUUAAACGACGACAAAUUGCUUAAGAACAAAUAAUAAAAGAUGUAACCCUUUGUUUUUUGUAUUUUUUUUUUAAUAUAGAUACUUCCUUCUUCU